AAUCAUGAUUAAGCAUGAUUGUUGGCAUUUUGCAAUGAUGAUUUCUAAAGGAUUUGGUUCCUCUAAUAUGGAAAGCAAGGUGUUGUGUUGUGUUGGAUUACUUAACCUGGAGACUGACAGCCGACUACUGAGAGCAGCACCGUAGCUCUGUAAGCCUGACCGUUCGAGGUUGGUCUAUCACAAAAAAACUUCUGGAAAAGCGGUGGCACGCAUGGGAAACUUCCAUCCUGCAAUGUUGUGUCUCCUCCUCCUCUUCUUCGUCGGUUUUGCGGGGAGUGUUAAUUUUAAUUUUCCUCCCCAAACGGAUAUCAGAUUUUACAGGGAUGCCAGCUUUCAGCGGAUCCCUCAGGAUGCCAUUAUGCUCACCAGAAACAUCACUAACCUUCAUCCAGAAAGCUACGGCUGUGCGGCUUACGACAAACCAAUUCCCAUCUGGAACAAUGUUUCAAAUGCUGUCGCCAAUUUCACUACACAUUUUCAGUUCGUCAUUGGCAAAGCGAAUAAUAAUAGUUCACCAGGCAGUGGUCUUGCUGUUUUCAUGGCGCCCUUCGACUUUCAACCGCCCUCGGCAUCAUCGGGCUGGUGGCUUGGCCUUUUCAAUGGCAGCACAGAUAAAGCGCCAUCUAAUCAGAUAGUUGCUGUAGAGUUUGACACGUUCAAGGACCAUUUCGAUGAGGACGACAACCAUAUUGGAAUUGAUAUCAAUAGCAUUGUUUCCGUCGACAAAAUUCCAUUGAGCAAAAAUUCUGAAAAUCAGAGUCUCAAGAACGGCUUAUAUUGGGAUGCGUGGGUGGAAUACAAUGGCGGAACGAAUUGGCUUGAGGUAUUUCUCUUAUCUAACCCUUCUGGCAAUAGCAACAAUAUCUCCAAACCAGAAACCCCAAUUUUGGGUUUCAACAUAAAUCUGCGCGAGAUUCUUCCGGAGAAUGUCAGGGUGGGGUUUUCCUCUUCCACCCGCUCAUCGCAGCUUCCAACCUCUGAGAGUCACAUAGUCUACACUUGGAAUUUUACUUCUUCCGAAAUUCCCAGCUCAAGCCCAGUGCAAGACAUUCCCAGUUCAAAAACGGGGCAAAACAUUUCCAGUUUAAGUAGAACAAAUGCCAUUUUUAUAGCUCUCUCUGUCUGCUUACUUGCCGUCUGCGGAUUUUUAUUCGUUUUGUGGUACUAUUAUUUCAAAACCAGGCAAAACAGGUGCCCUCGGGGAAGAUAUGUGGAAUUGGAGGAACAGUUUGCUCAGCGUCCCCGCAGCUUCUCCUAUGCUGACCUCAGCACUGCCACUCAUAGUUUCAGUGAAAACCUAAAGCUAGGAGAAGGCGGCUUCGGAGGCGUCUACAGAGGCAUUUUGCCCGGCACAAAUGAGGUUGUGGCAGUGAAAAGAAUAUCCCAUGGAUCUAGACAGGGCAAAAGGGAAUAUGUUUCAGAGGUCACUAUCAUCAGCAGGCUGAGACACCGUAACCUGAUCCAGCUCUUGGGAUGGUGCCAUGAAAGCAGCGAGUUGCUCCUGGUUUAUGAGUUCCUGCCAAACGGAAGCCUGGACAAGCACUUAUUCGAUGAGGAGAAGGAGCCUUUGGAUUGGGACCAACGGUACAGAAUUUCUUGUGACAUAGCCUCUGCUCUUGUGUACCUUCACGACGAGUUGGACAAUUGUAUUGUGCACAGAGAUGUGAAGACCAGCAACGUGAUAUUGGAUUCUAGUCUCAAUGCCAAGCUGGGAGAUUUUGGUCUGGCCAGAAUAGUGAAACACGAUGGCCCUGCUUCUCACACAACAUCACCUGGAGGAACUUUGGGGUAUUUAGCGCCAGAAUGUGCAGUGGCAGGAAAGACAAGUCCAGAAUCGGAUGUUUUCAGCUUUGGUGUCGUGGCUCUGGAAAUUGCCUGCGGAAGGCGGCCUGUUGACUUGAGGUUAUCUGAACACAAUUGCAGAGUGGUAGAAUGGGUUUGGGAUUUGUAUAAACAGGGAAAGCUUCUGGAUGCGGCUGAUAAAAGGCUCGGUGGAAACUUCAAUGAAGAAGAAAUGCAGAGGCUCAUGGUCGUUGGAUUGUUGUGCUGUCAGCAGGAACCGAAAGCAAGACCGGAAAUGAGAUAUGUGAUGAAAAUUUUAAGAUUCGAUGUUGAAUUGCCCUCUGUCCCUUUAAGUUUGUACGACACAAGUAAAACUUUCUCUCCUCCAUUGGACCCUGUGAGUAUUGGUGCUGCGUCGGUAUCAUCCAGCUCCAAUUGAAAUACGUCCAGGUCCUUAUGAUCAAUGCAUUGAAUUGUUUGCAAAAUCGAUGCUAGUCUUCAGUUUGUUUUCUUAGUAACUUUUAUUUUGUCCAUGGAAUGGGACAGUUAUGACUAAAUAAAGAUUUAUCGCUAAUUUUAGGUAACAGACUUUGUUUCGUCGUUCAUCUCCCAGUUUGAAAUAGCUGUGCAAUGCAUGAUUGUUGCUAUGAAUUGAGGCUGCAACCUCUAUUAAAUACUGCUUAAUUAUGAUGUUUGAUAUGUGAUCUGCAAAAUGUAAUCCAUCAGAGAAGUUGAUUGAAU